GCGCGCCGGGAGCGGGGAGGGGGGUGGCGGGCAGCGCCCGUGGGCAGCGCGGGGCGCCAUGGCCCUUAACAAGUCCAUGCACGCGCGCAACCGCUACAAGGACAAGCCGCCUGACUUCGCCUACUUGGCCGCCAAGUACCCCGAGUUCCAGCAGCACGUACAGACCACCCUCACCGGCAGGGUGAGCCUGAAUUUCAAGGACCCUGAGGCGGUGAGAGCCCUGACGUGCACCCUGCUGAAGGAGGAUUUCGGCCUGGCGAUUGACAUCCCGGUGGAGAGGCUGAUUCCCACCGUUCCCCUGAGGCUGAACUACAUCCACUGGGUGGAGGAUCUCAUCGGGCACCAGGAUGCUGGCAAGCAAGUCCUCAGGCGAGGCAUCGACAUCGGGACAGGGGCAUCUUGCAUAUACCCAUUACUUGGAGCAACUUUGAAUGGCUGGUAUUUUCUUGCAACAGAAGUUGAUGAUAUGUGCUUCAAUUAUGCCAAGAAGAAUGUGGAACAGAAUAAUUUGUCUGAUCUUAUAAAAGUGGUUAAGGUACCACAGAAGACACUUCUAAUGGAUGCGCUGAAAGAAGAAUCUGAGAUUGUUUAUGAUUUCUGCAUGUGCAACCCCCCCUUUUUUGCCAACCAAUUAGAAGCGAAAGGAGUAAAUUCUCGAAAUCCACGGCGUCCCCCUCCAAGUUCUGUAAAUACAGGAGGGAUCACAGAAAUCAUGGCAGAGGGGGGAGAACUUGAAUUUGUCAAAAGAAUUAUUCAUGAUAGUCUACAACUUAAAAAGAGGUUACGAUGGUACAGUUGCAUGUUGGGGAAGAAAUGCAGUUUGGCACCAUUGAAAGAGGAGCUUCGAAUCCAGGGGGUUCCUAAAGUUACUCAUACUGAGUUCUGUCAAGGGCGCACCAUGAGAUGGGCGCUGGCAUGGAGUUUCUAUGAUGAUGUACAAGUACCUUCACCUCCCUCUAAAAGAAGAAAACUAGAAAAACCCCGGAAACCAAUUACAUUUAUGGUCUUGGCUUCUACAGUCAAAGAGUUAGCCGCCAAAGCUGCAGCUAUGGGCUGGGAUGCUGUAGAAGCUAUCGCUGUGGUUAGAGCCUGGGUAGAGAAGAUUCUUACUGAUCUGAAGGUUCAGCAUAAACGUGUUCCCUGUGGAAAAGAUGAAGUUAGCUUGUUUGUGACUGCCAUUGAAAACUCCUGGAUUCAUCUGAGGAGAAAGAAACGAGAGAGAGUAAGGCAAUUACGGGAACUUCCUCGAGCUUCUGAAGGUGUUCUGCAAGCAAUGGAAGAGGAAAAAAACAGCCAGAAGAGUGUGAGCAACAAUUUGGACUGUGAAAACCCCAAGACUCAAGAUUCUGAAACAGAGUUUACGGCACCUGAUGAGGAUGUUCAUUUGACCGCAGGUGAUGAGCUACCGGAAGAAUCUGCUACCAAAGAAGAACAUAGUGAGCACGUGAAGGAGGAGACGGAAGCAAAGCAGGGAGAAACAUCACUUGGCAAAGGUUCCAGUAAUGCAAAGGAGGAACCUUGCCCUUCAGAGGAAGCUGGCAAUCUGACAGUUGAAAAAGAACAAAGUCCCAAAGAAACUAGUAGAUGUUUUCUCUUUAAGUGUUUAAUGAAUGUGAAGAAAGAAGGAAAUGAUGUAUUAGUAGAAAUGCACUGGGUUGAAGGACAGAACAGAGACUUGAUGAACCAGCUAUGCACAUACUUACGGAACCAAAUUCUUCGAUUGGUAGCUAGUUAGCCCUUUUUCCUAUUUUGGUAAAAUAAAUCAGUCUUCAAAUUUUGUAAACUAUUUUUAAUGGAUUAAGAUUUUCACUUAGUAAAACUUGUGUUUUCCUCUUAAAAAAAAAAAAGUAAAAUGGAAAGUCCCCUUUAAUAUUUAAAUAGCUUUUUCAAAGCUACACGGAGUACGUGAACUUCAUUGGAUGUGAAGUGAUGGGGAAGUAAUAGAUUUUGUGCUGCAGUUGUAAAACUACAUGAUAAAGUGAAACAUGUCUAUGCUGUGAAUGUUUCAAAUAUCAACAGUGCUUUAUUUGGAUCUUUUUAUCUGGUGCAAUAGAAUUAUAUAUUGUUACUAAGUAGAAAUCUUUGAAAUAUUUUCUUCAAUAUUUUUUUAGUACUAGUGCAAGAAAUGGUUAGUCUGCUGUGGGAAUUUUCUGCAGCGAAGAGUCUGACAAAGGAUUUAAGUAUGCCUCUCUUUAAUGCAUUUAACCUUUGGUCUGCAGGGGGUAGCAAGGUGGAUACAUCCUCUAAGUGUCAAUUCAUUAAAAUAAUCCCUUUAGAAAAACUAUGUGUUGUACUUUUCUGGCACUUGGGCUAUUAGCAUCUGGUUUUGUAAACUUUGUGUUAACAACAAAGUAAGCUCUUUGAGCUGCUUGGUUUAAGGAGGAUUUAACUCUGUUGACUGUUCCGGGUGACCAUUCCUUACACUAAUUCAAAUAUAAUUGUCUGGAAUUACAGCAGUGUUCUUAAAGGGUUUUGCUUCCAUUUAAUCUUAAGAGAUUGUUUUAAUGACAGGAAUGAGAGCACACACUCAUCUUUGUGGGCCAGAAGUUCCUUAUGCGGGACAGAUCCGUACAGAAGAUAUGGAUAAAGAUGGAUACAGAAGCUUUAGGCUGUUGCAAAGGAAGACAACUGGAAAGAAAGCUGUUGCUUCCACAUCUGGCUCCCUAGUCCUUUUUACCACCAGCUGUUUUCCCAGUGUUUCGGGGCAAUGAACUAUUCUGUGAGAAGAAAGGCUGAGGGACAUGGGUCUUGGGUGCCUCAGAGAGGGGUGUGUGUAUGUGUUUGAGAUUAUGAGCACUGGCACUGCUUCGCACGAAGUCAGCUUCAGCCUGUAGAGAUCUAUAGAACACAUAGAGAAAGAUUUUCUGAGGGAGUGGAGUGCAUGUGUGUUACCCAAAAUAAAGAGACAGGUGGACAGAAGGAAAUGCUGCAUAUGUUCAUGCUACUGGAGUCACUUUGAAUGUUCACUCUUAGUUGUCAAUAUUUCUGGAAUGAUUAGUAUGUUUUCUGAAGCUGAAAUUAAAAGCAACUUAGAAAAGCCUUAA